AUGCUUUGCAAAAUAUGCGUGGGUAUGCUAAGGGGUGGAAGAGGAGAAUUGUGGGCAGGAACUCACGACCUAACAUUUGAUCAUCACAAAACUACAACAUCGCUUCGAAGAUCUAGAGAGGCAGAUUGCUCGAUAUGCAUAUCGUUAGCAAACGUCCUUCGGCACGAUAUGGACCUGCUGGAGGAUCAGCCCAUCUCAAUUAAAGCCAGCUUGAGGAGACUACCUGACGACAAGCCGGAUGAGAAAAAGUACUGCCUUGACUUCGACCUAAACAGAUUGUAUAAUCGCAUAUAUUUGCUGAAAGAGACCAACCCAAAGAACCGUCGGUUGCGAACGCCAAGAUCGUUGGACACAUCUUCCGAGGAAGUGUUUGAGGUAGCUCAAAGCUGGAUGAAAGACUGCAAAUGUGGAGACUUCUGGAAAGAGCCUGGCGAGAGGUUUUACCCUAAGCGUCUGCUGGACCUUGAACAGCUUCGCGGCGCCAACGGGAUCACAGACAUAGACAGCUUGACGAUCCUGUCAGAACAUGGCGACGUAGAACGAAAGAAGGUGUACCUGAUUGAGACAGACGAGGUGUUUGUCCAACGUUCAAUCGGCGCUACCGAAUUGUCGAUGAAAGUCUGGGACAGCAAGAAGAAGAAUAAGUCAGUGCGUAAAGAACAGAAAAAUCAUCGUUAUGUUACACUGAGCCAUUGCUGGGGGAAGCCAAAGAGUGUCCAAGGACAGCUCAGAUUGGACGAAACCACUAAAGAACGUUUCAAACGAGAAGGUAUCGAGCUACGAGAGCUACCGAAAACUUUUCGAGACGCUAUUCUGUUCGCCUGUCGCCUAGACAAAGUUGGGUUCAUCUGGAUCGAUUCGAUGUGCAUCAUACAACCGACUGAGAGCUACAGCAACCGCUCGAAAGAGUCUGUCAAAGAUUGGCUAGAGCAGAGCCGAACAAUGGACCAGAUAUAUCGGGGGUCCUUCCUCAAUAUCUCCGCCACUGCUGCAGUUGACGGAGAUCAGGGUUUGUUCUUCAGUCGGCGACCAGAGUAUCUUUGGGAAGACGAGAUCAACGUCAACUACUCUGGAACAAAUCUGUUUGGAUCGGAGAAGAUCGGAAGUACAGAAAGAGAUCAGCUGACGAGGUGCACUGUUAUAGACGUGUCAUUUUGGGAUGAACUAGUUGAAAAUGCAGCCGUCAACCGCAGAGGCUGGGUUCUUCAGGAACGUCUCAUGGCGCCGCGUGUACUGCAUUUCUGUCGCGACCAGAUCGCCUGGGAGUGUGCAGAGUUUGAAGAUGCCGAAGGCCAUCCUGAGAUGAAUCUAACUCUGAGGGCCAAGCUAGGGUCUAUUGUAGAUGAAGGGCGCCUCAAGGACCUAACUCCAGAAGCUGGUCGCACACUACGAAACAACCGCCUAAAUGGCUUUCCGGAUCCCGACAAAGACAUGACAGACCUUUACAUAUACGAACUAUGGAAGCAUAUUGUUGAGGUCUAUUCCAGAACACAACUCACAGUGCCGAGCGACAAACUCAUAGCACUUUCAGGAAUCGCGCGACGUUUCUGCGAAGGGAAUUCCAAACUGUUCACGCUACCAAAUAAGUACAUUGCGGGAUUGUGGAGCCAGAACCUAGAGAGCCAGCUUCUUUGGCAAGUGAAUGAGCUUUUUCGUGACGGCGUGUUCGAGAACCCAGCACGACGCGAUGCAACUCGAGCGCCUUCGUUCUCCUGGGCAUCCAUUGAUACUCCUCACGGUGUUACCUAUCCAGAUGUCACCGACUACAAGCCUGAAGAAACAAGUGAAAGGCGAACCAGGGCUCAUAAUCAGCCCAAAGAACUCAUGCUCGAAGUGCUAAAGCAUCGCAUCAAGCUGUCGGACGAAGACAACAAGUUUGGCAUGGUAGUGCAAGGACGACUAUUGCUCAAGCCUCGCUAUCUCAGGAGGAUUGAGCUGCGUAGGCUCCACCCACCCCUCAGGGUUCCCUACAGCUGGCGCCUCAAGCCAGAUGCGUCCACGUCUGAAGUGGUGCAGACCACUUCCAAAGCUGCGCGCCCACUCGAAAACGCCAAUCUCUAUCUCGACGCUCCCGAAUCCGAUGUCGAUAUUUUCUUCGACGACGCGGAACUAUACUGCAUGCCUGUUGCGUAUGGGGAGCGAACAGUACGGGAAUCCUCCCGUUAUCUGUACUGCUUGUUGCUCAAAUUAGAGAAACAUGUAGAAUUCGACCCCGAAGCCAACGCUUCAAACAAGCGCAGGGUUGGCUUGUCGCCCCCCACACAAUACCCCAUGUUCAGGCGGAUUGGCAUAACGAAGCUGUCGAAUCAUUUGGAUAAAGACGCACAAAACGCUUUGAUGUCGGAAGACAACAAACUGGAGAUUUGCUUGGACUGA